AUGCAGACCAGCUGUGUUGUGGAUGAAAAAUUUGUCCCAAAGGUGGGAAUGAUUUUCAAGAAACUAGAAGAAGCUGAAAAAUUCUACAAACAUUAUUCAAAACUUGCCGAUUUUUCUACGAAAAUAAAGAACAUGACUCGGGACAGAGACAAGAUUAAGAAUCAACUAAUUGUUUGCACCAGAGAGGGAAAGUGGAAAUUCAAGAUAUCUUCAAUUUUGAAGACAAACCCUUCAGCUGGGUUAAAUUGUUUGGCUAGAAUUUACGUACACAUAAUGAAGGAUGUUGGUCUUUGGACAAUUUCUAAAGUUGUUUUGAAUCACUCACAUCCUUGUUGUCCAGACCAAGCUAAGAUGCUCAAACAACACAGAGAGCUUAGUAUGUUCGUGCGUCGCACUAUCAAAACCCAUGAGGAAGCCGAAAUCAGACCAAGAAAAACUUACCAAUCACUUGUGGCAGCAACUGGCAGCCACCGUGAACUAGGUUUUAUAGAAAAAGACUUCAAGAAUUACAUCACAAGGAAAGUACGAAAUAUUUCUAAAGAAGACGAUGCCAAAGAAUUUGGGAAGUACCUAGUAAGAAUGAAAGAGAAGAACCAAAAUUUUUUCUUUGAGCUCAACCUUGAAGGCAAUUACUGCAUUAAACAUACAUUCUGGGUUGAUGCAAGAAGCAGGGCUGCAUUUGAUUAUUUUGGAGAUAUGGUUUCAUUUGACAUCACCUAUAAACAAACAGGUUUCACAACAUAUGAAGUCAUAGAGCAGGUUUUCAACUCCACAUUCAACAAGUUUGCCGUCACCUACGAUACAGUAUCACGAGGUGUAAAGUGCCAUUGCUUGCUAUUUGAGUCUAGGGGCAUAUUGUGCCGCCAUUCCCUAAGCGUCCUAAGCUUUGAGCGAGUGGAUAGCGUGGCACCGAAAUACAUAUUAGAACGCUGGAGCAAGAACAUAAAGAGGAGGCACACACACAUCAAGAGCAGCCAAGAUAAACCUAUACUGGAGCCAAGAAGUAAGAGAUUUGACGAAUUGGUGUUUCGGUCACAAAAUAUAUGUGAAUUUGCAUCCAAGUCUGAAGAUUUGACCAGAAUUCUGCACCGAGCAUUUGAUAAGGUCAUGGCGGAGAUGGAAGAAUAUCAGGAGAGAAGCAAAGAAAAAAGUUUGUUAACCCACGAAGAAGCGACAUUAAGCAAUGUGAAUGACUUUCAAAGCCCACCACGUGUCAAAACAAGCGGUCGGCCCAAGAAUAGACUUGGAUCAAACCUGAAAAAAAAGAUCUCAAAUGCCAUGAAGAAAAAGAAAAAGACAGCUCCAAGCGAGAUAAAAUUGACUUGCUUUUGA